UUUUUUAUCACGUUGGCAACGUCUUACGGGUGAUGACUUUCAUUUAUUUCUACUUUCCCGCACGUUUCGGGCGUUUUAGUUCUGGCUUCACUAGAUGAAUUAGGUCGAAUGAAUUAAUGUUAUGUUAUUACUUAAAUUUACGGUGAACUUCCGAAUUGGCAGUAUUCAGUUUCUAAUGCAGUCUAAUUCACUAUGUGAGAAGUUCCAUUGGGAAUCACUAAACACUCAUGAAUAAAAUUUAUUUUUUUGAAAUAUGUCCCAUCCUUCAGACAAAAGGUUUCAGAAUACGUCGUUUUGCGAUAUAUUUGCAGCAGAUGAAACAGGCGUUGCUGGUGACAGUUCUCCUGACAGUACUUCGGGAAAUGAAUUUGUGGCUGAAAAUGAAAGCUUCAGAAGCAGCCCAGUUUUGGAACCUCAAAAUCUUAGCCCAUUAUUCAAGACUCCUAUUAAUAGAUGUAUUUGGAAAAGGAAAUUGUCUUCUUCCUCAGACAUUGCCCUAGAGUGUACGAAGGAUGAUGUAAUUCAUUGCCCAUUUUCUUCUACUCCUGUGCCAUCAUGUAGUAGGUUGGAAAAAGAAAGCCCUGGUUUGAAUCUCAUUUUUGCUACGGAAGAAACAUUUGGCACUAUUUCUUCACUUGUGGAUAAAAAAGAUGUGUCAUGGACCAGCUCAAUGGCAACUCCUGUCCAUGAUGCUCAGUCGACAUCUUUCAACACAGAAGAAAAGAAACUUUUAAUGCCCAGUGAAAAUGAUAGUGAACACUCUUCAGCUCCUUUGUGUUCUGCUAAUCGGGUGCUAUUUUCUGAAGAGGCUGAUAAUAACGCAUGGUGUGAAAUAUUGAAUCUCACCCCCAAGGAUAGUGACCAGAAAACAUCACGAACUUCCCCUGUUUUGGGUGGGAAAAGUGAUGGAAGUUACUGGUACUGGGCUGACUCUCAGAAAUUGGUUUGUAGAACACCCCGAAGGAGGAGUUCUUUGCGGAGGGGUGAGAAAUCCCAAUUGAAAUUGCCAAGUAGAAGAUCACAGUUUUCUGAAUGCAAGAAGUCGGAAAAUUUCUUGUUUGAUACUAAUUUUUCACAAGAGUCAAUUUUUAAAAGUAGUAAUGACAGAGAUGAAGAAUUGGGGGCUCAUAAUGGAGAGAGACUUGAGAAAGGGAAAGCAAAUGAUAUUCAUGUCUUAGAAAGCCCUCUCAUGAUAAGAAAUAACACUGAAAACAAUUUGUCUAAGAAACACACUCCUAGUGUUACUCAGCAAUUUUCUCAUGAUCUCUCUGCAAGCAUGCUUGAAGAAGUUUGUCUAGCAACUGAAAUUAUGAGUUCUGUUAAAAAUUGUGAUGACAUUCAAGAUGUGUUUCAAAAUGAUUCAUUUUCAGAAGUAAAGGAGUGCUCCAAGAUAAUAAAAAACUAUGAGUCUUGUAACGUUGAUGAAAGUUACAUACAAGAAUCUAAUUUCAGGGAUAUGGCUUCUAUAACUUCCCAAGCUAAAAGGACAGUACAUAUUUUAGGCAAAGAUGUACAGACUAGAGACUCUGUAUCAGAAGAAAAAGAAUCUAAAGAAAAUGUGAAUGUAAAUGAUCCAUCAUCUCCUGUAGUUAGUUUACAGAAAUAUAGAAUAACAAACCGAUGUAAUUCUGUGUUGUAUUCCAAAUCUUCCCAGUCACACAUUUUGAAUGAAUCGGUUGAUGGUUCUGCUCUGUAUGAGAAAAUAAUGAAAGCAGCAUUAAUUUUUGGAAGAGGAAACAGAAAACACAUCCAGAGAGAAAAAUGUUUCUAUCAAACUUUGCAAAAGUUGGUGAGGAAUAUAGGUAAUGAACACAAUGAAAGAGAAAAUCUCUAUAUUCAUUCAGAACAAUUCAAAGACUCAAAAUGCCCUCCAUUAUGUUCUCCAGAAUUGCCUGAAGUGUCCAGUGUUUGUGAUAAAAUGUCCACAAGGGGGAUUCCAAUUGCUGUAACCAACAAUGUUUUUCAGGCUAACACCAGGAAAUCUCUGAGAGAGGGUAGCAGAGAAAGUGUGUGUAUCAAAUCAAAUGACUAUGUACUGAAAAAUGAAAAUGGAAGUGAACAAAGUUGUGGAACAAUGAAAACAGAGGGACAGAAAAGUAUGCUACAUAUGAAAGAAUCAAAAAGGUAUCCAAACCUAAAAUCUGAAGAAACUGAAGACCUUGAUCUUCUUAUGAAGCUAUUAGAUAAUGGGAUGAUCAGUUGUACUGAAAACAAUUUAAUAAUUGAACGAGAGAAGGUUGAAAACAUACGAGACAAAAUGAUUGAAAAUUCAUCAAAAAUGCAAGAGGAAUCUGAAUUGCAGUUAUCACAAGAUGUAUUUGAAGAUUGUGAUGCAUUGGGAUCAUUGGCUAAUAACCACACACAUUUUGUGACACCAGGAGUUCAGGAGGUAGUACAUAAAGAUUUUUCAAAAAAUCUUCAUUCAUCACAGUAUUGGCCUUGUUUUUCAGGUGAACUUCCAGAUGAAAUGUUUGAAAAUAGGGAAAAUGAUAAAAAAUAUCAGGAUUCUGAAAAACAAGUGACAGUUGAAAAUAAAGAAGAUAUGUCUCCUCCAAUUAAUAAUGUCAGUAAUGAGAAAGAGAGAGUUCCCAUGCAUGAAGUAGAAAAAAAUAAUACUUUGGCUUCAGUAGAUUUCUGUGAAUCUGUACAUACAUGUUUCAAAGAUAAUUCUGUGAAAAGAGCUCAAGAAUUUUCCACAGAGAAUGCAAUGUCUAAUAUCUAUGUUAAGGAAAAUUUGAAUAUGAAAAAUGCAAAAGAGGUAGGAUGUGAUAUUGAUUCAAUGAAUCAAGAGUUGUUGGAGGAUGCUUUUCCCCAAAUUUCUCGUGAAUUGAGGGAACCAUUUUCUAUAAAUCAUGAGCUUCAUUCACCAAUAGAUCAAUCAACCAAUCAUGAGAAACCAAAAUCAAGGGAAACUAAAAUGAAAUAUGAAGAUAUUAAACCUGAGCUUAUGGGGUUCUCAACAGCAAGAGGCAAAAGAAUAUCUGUUUCUGAAGAAGCUAUGAAGAAUGCCUAUAAAUUAUUAGAAGAGUGUGAUGAUGAUGUUAAAAAUAUUGUACCUGAAAACAUUUUAGAAAAGUCUUUGGCCUCUUGUGUGAAAUUUGAAAACCAAGUUAUUGUGAAGGCGAUAAACAAGCUUACUGUAGACCCAGAAAAAGCACUGAGACCGACACAGAAGCUGUUGAGAAGCUGUGAUGACAGCACUUCUAAGAAAGCUUUUAAUGUUGAAAGAUGUUCUUCUCUCGUUGAUGGGAAAGGCCAAUCUUUGGAAGUUACUACAGAGGAAUUAUGUGAAUUUAAAAAGCCCUUGCCUGGAAUCGCUAUUAUAUCUAAAGAAUCAUCUAUUAAAACUAAGAAGAGACUUAAAGUAUGUAAAGCUACAUCUCAGUGUAGAUCCAAGAUCCAAGAAGUUCCGGCGAAAGAAGAAAAUGUUCUUGCCCAGGAGUCAUUUGCCAAAGCUAACGGUAUGAACAUAGGUCUUUCAGACCUAAUGUGUCAGGGUUGCACCACUGGCCAAGGAAAGAAAAUAUCUGUCUCAAAGGAAGCUGUGGAGAGGGCACAGAUGUUUGAAGAAUGCUGUGAGAACAAUAGAUCUUCUGAUUCCCAGGAUUUCACUUCUAUAAAAGGCAAGAAACAUGAAGACUCAGAAUCUAGUGAGCAAGAUACCACAGUUGAAGGAAAUUCUGUUGCCUCAGUACAUGGAUUCGAGGGAUUUUCAGCUGCAAAUGGAAAAAAUAUAACUGUUCCAAAAGAGUCAUUAAGAAAAAUGCAAACAAUAUUUGAAGAAAGUUGUGAAUGUACUGAUGUUGAAGAUCUUUUACUUAUUAGCAAUAAUGUUGGGAAUUCAGAUAAUUUUUAUACAAAAUCAGCUCCUCAAAAGAUGUCAUUACUCAGUUAUGAUAAUUCUCUGCAGUGUGAAUUCAAAACGUCCUCUAAUGCUAAUGCGAAGAAAGAAGCAGUGUCUGAGUACACUACAAAGAGAAACAUUGAUGAAGAAAAUAGUAAACAUUUAACAAAAAAAUCUUUUGUAACUGAAGAUUUGUUUACCAUGGAGAGUGAAGUAGCAUUAUUAGACUGUUCCAAGAGACCAAAUAAAAUUGGAAAGAAUGCAACAGUUUUUGAAGAAGCUGUUGAGGAGGCGCAGAAACUUUUGUGUGAAGAGAACAUUUCCAAAGAGCCUUCUGCUGUCCCAGAUGUAACGAAUCAAAAACGUGCUGCGUCAUUUCCACCUCGCAUAAGAUCAAAAAAGUCUUUAGGUGGACGUACCACCCACAAAAGACAGGAAGUUCAUAGACUGUCCUUGACCAGUGGGAAGGCAGUUGCUAUUUCUGAAGAAUCAUUGGAGAAGAAAAAUACCCCGUCAGGCAAGAAGGAAUAUUCUGCCAGUGAGAAGUCUUUGAAGGAUCUCCAUGAAUUUUUGCCGGCACAAACAUUCCAAGGAUUCUCUACUGCCAGUGGAAAGAAAGUAAAUAUGUCUGAAGAAUCAAUGAAGAAGGCUCAGAAAAUUUUCCAGGAAUUUGAAGAAAGUGCUACGUCAAAUAAUCUCCCCUAUCCAUCAGAAAUUCCUGUGAGCGUCAAAGGGUUUGUUUCUGCUAAAGGAAAGAAAAUAUCAAUUUCCAAAGAAUCUUUGAAGAAGGCAGAGAAAAUGUUUCAGGAAUGUGAAGAAGGUGCUUCUUUGUUAAACCUUCCAGAUCCAUCAGAAAUUUCUGUAGGCGUCAAAGGAUUUGCUUCUGCCAAAGGAAAGAAAAUACCUGUUUAUGCAGAAUCUCUCAAGAAGGCACAGAAAAUGUUUCAGGAAUGUGAUGAAGAUGCUACAUCACUUAAGAUCUCUCAGACGCCAAAAGUUCCUGUUGACGUUGAUAAGGGUACAGCAAUGAAGCUAUUGAAGACCCGACCUGAAUUGAAAGAUUCUACUGAUCUGGCAUUCAUAGGAUUUUCUACUGCUAGU